CGAUUUCCAAGUCAAGCGAAGAAGCCACUGGCAAAAUAAAGUCAAUCGGCUGCUGAACUGCGUUGUUGAAUUCAUUUCCACAAAUCGUGGUUAUUGCAAGGUUUUUAAUUAACGGAAAUUAAUUGUGAAGGUCUAGAUACAAAAAACUACAAGGAACAUCGCGAGUGGGAACGUGCUGAGAGCGGCGAAGCCAAAUCCAUUAAAAAUGGCUGAAGAGUAUAUACCAGAUGUCAGCGUCAUGGACACCAUUGUGCCCGCCAUCCUGGGACUGACUGCUGCUGCUGUUCUCUCGUCGGUGGCCUGCAUCUGCGCCCGGCAGAUGCGCCUCCGUAACAAGAAGCAGAGCCAGCACGAUGCCUCGUUCCCCUUCCAGCCGACCCGGCGACCGACCGCCGUUCGAUCGCCCAGCGGCCAGCCGCCGCACUACUUGAAGAAGUCCCCCUCGCCGACGGGUGGCAAGCAGAUGGGUCUUCUGUCGCCGAUGCAGGAUCAGUCCACCUCCCCGAUCGCCCAGCCGAAUGUGAAGUACAGCGAUGAGGACGAUGGCCCACCCCAGCAUGCGGAACAGCAGAAUGGCAAUCAAUUGACCGUAGUGGAUGGCAACGGAUUAAAGCACUCGCUUCACAACAGCCUCCAUCAUUCGCCGGUGGAGACAAUCGCUAAUGGAAGUGUGACCAUUACCUUGGACGACCAGGUUCUGACCAACGGAGGAAAGGAGCUGACCGUGACUGAUCAGUAUGGAAAACUGGGUACCAUCUACUUCAAGCUGCGCUAUUUGGCCGAACGGAAUGCCCUGAUGGUCUCCAUCAUUCGGUGCCGCGGAUUGCCCAGCAAGGGAGGCUCGGGAGGAACAGGAGACAUCCCCACUGGCAUGAACGGACGCACUCAGGCGGCCACGGAUCCGUAUGUGAAGCUCCAACUGCUGCCGGACAAGCAGCACAAGGUCAAGACCCGUGUGGUUAGGAACACCCGGAACCCGGUUUACGACGAGGACUUCACCUUCUACGGCCUGAACAUGAACGACCUCCAGAACAUGUCGUUGCACUUCGUCAUCCUCAGCUUCGAUCGGUAUUCGCGCGACGAUGUUAUUGGCGAGGUGGUUUGCCCAUUGACCUCCAUCGAGAUCGGUGAUAUUUCUAAGGAGGCUCUGUCUAUUAGCAAGGAGAUCCAGCCAAGGAGUUUGAAGAUUCGUGCCCAGGGCCGGGGUGAACUGCUCAUUUCUCUUUGCUGGCAACCAGCUGCCGGUCGUCUUACUGUCGUCCUGCUUAAGGCCCGAAAUUUGCCUCGAAUGGAUGUCACUGGUCUGGCUGAUCCGUAUGUUAAGAUCUAUCUCCUUUAUAAUGGCCAACGCAUCGCCAAGAAGAAAACGCACGUGAAGAAGCGCACUCUGAGUCCCGUUUUCAAUGAGAGCUUCGCCUUCGAUAUUCCCGCCGCCGAGGGCACUGGCGCCAGUCUUGAGGGUGUGUCUUUGGAGCUGAUGCUGCUCGACUGGGAUCGCGUGACCAAGAAUGAGGUCAUUGGUCGGUUGGAGCUGGGCGGACCGAACUCGAGCAGCACAGCCUUGAACCACUGGAACGAGGUGUGCAACUCGCCACGCCGCCAGAUCGCCGAGUGGCACAAGCUGAAUGAGUAGGGAAGGGGGAGGAACCACCUGGGCGCUGGCGCCCCUUAAUGAGAAGGAAAGAAGCAGGAAAAGGCAUCUAAAAGCGAGAGUCUUGCGGUUCAUCAGCAUGAGCUCGUUGCCACUUUGAAUUUAUGUCUUAUUUAAGAUAUAUUUUUAUAAUUUUUUUAAUGAUUCUUUUUUACUUUUUAUUAAGUUAUGAGUUCUUGAAGAUCACUAACGAUUUUUGCUUUAAGUUUAAAGCAACAUUUGUGCGAGAUAUAUGGCAGCUUAAGCCACAAGCAGAGAAAAAUAUUUAACAAACAACCACUAACUAAAUUAAAUGUAUUAGAAAAUGUUUAGGACCCUAAAAAUGCAUGUAACUGUAAGAUAAUUCAGAAAAAUCUUAAUAUAAACAAGUUGGCGAAUGUGAAAAUGUAAUGAAGCUGAAAAAAAUCACAAAUUUCUUAUAUAGACACCGAUUUUGUUGCUGUAUAGAACUUUUCUUCAACGCUUUAUGUAACUUAUAUCUAAAUAUGAUUUUCAUAUCAAACGAUUAUAGUCCCAUUUAAUAUGCCCACCAUGAAGUUGAUUUCCGAAGAAAACGAUGAACAUUAUUAACCUUGCAUAUGUAUAAAAAUAUUUAUGAUGAUACCUAACUCUUAAGCAUAAUGUCUGUGUAAAAUUUGAGUUUUAUUGUUUAGAAAGAGUUUUGUUUAAUUGUAAAGUAUUAAACUAUACCAUGGAUUUAAAUGGAUACCAAAACACCAACGCUGCACACUCCGAAAGCUGUUGAAGUGUGUCCAGAUGGAAGCGACGUAAACCAAUGCUUACUGCUUAACACUUUAUACGUACUCUUAAAAAAUAACUAAAACUACAAAUAAAACUAAACCAAAUUGAAUCUAGAGAGAACACGCAGCAGAAUGCUUAGCACCAAGAAGCUACAAAACCACACACAAAAAUCGAUCGAAAAAGUCAGAAAAACAUUGAUUCGGAGAAGAAAUCAAACACAAUACAAUAAUGUAAGCAGCAUAGUACAUGUAGGAAUCAAAUACCAAUACUCUAGAGUAUAACCACUCACGAAUAGCUCAAACCGAACGCAAUAAGCACUCCAAGGUGGAUCUAGCGGCACUACUUAUAAAUCGAACAGAUAAUGGAUAAUGGAUAAUAAAACCGAUGAAAGCAUAGCUUCAAUAUACCAAUGACACCGAGUCAUUAUCCACUUACUGAUACUGAGUGUACUGAAUACAAUUAUAAACUAUAACAGAUCUAUAUGGACAUCAGCCCGCUUCUACGUAUAUUUUGUAAACUGAAUGUUAGAGCAUUAAACUUCAUUGAUAAUUACAUACAUACAUAAAACCAUACAUAAGGAUAUAUACAAGCAUACAAAUACAACUUCAAUUCGUGUCCAAUCAAAACUUCAAUUCGUCUAAUGGAAAAACAAUAAUUACCAAUACAGCAUAUGCGAUGAGUUUUUGCAAAGGAACCCAAAUUAUAUGAGAUGUGUAUAAUUCUACAUUAUAUGUAAUAGUAAUUGUAAGCUACAUCAAAUGGUUAAUUUCAGUAAUAAAACGUAUUAUAUAAAACAA